AUGGAACGCAUCGAUGUCAACCGUCUCAAAUCUGGCGAGGUCAACCUCGGAGCCAACCGUGUUACGGACAAACUGACCUAUGUUCAUGAUCGAAUCUAUUGCUGUCGGUCAGGUUCAGCAGCAGACACCCAGGCCGUUGCUGAUGUCGUCCAUCACCACCUCCAACUAAUCACUCAAAUGAACGGCGAAGCUCCCUCAGUGCAUACAGCCGCACAAGUCUUUCAGAAGAUCUGUUACGACAACAAGGACGCACUGAGUGCCGGUAUCAUCGUCGCUGGUUGGGAUAAGGAAGUCGGUCCUAGCGUUUACAAUAUCCCUCUUGGUGGCGGUCUGUUCAGGCAACCAUGGGCGAUCGGAGGCUCUGGAUCUACCUAUGUAUAUGGUUACUGUGAUGCCACCUACAGGGAAGGCUGGGGUCGAGACGAGACGGUCGAGUUCGUCAAGAACACUCUCGCCCUCGCCAUGUCGAGAGAUGGUUCCUCUGGAGGCGUGAUCCGAAUGUGCGUAAUCACGGAAAACAACGUGGAACGCCUCUUCAUCCCUGGCAAUGAACUGCCGCGGUUCUGGGAAGGAAAGGAUGUAUUAGGGGCUGCAACCAAGAAUGUAUACCCCGAGCCCGAAGUCGUCCCAAUGGCAGUAGAAGCCUAA